ACAAUUGGUGGGUCAUUAUGCUGCUGCACCUGUGUAGUGUUAAGAAUCUGUACCAGAACAGGUUCCUGGGUCUGGCUGCCAUGGCCUCGCCGUCGAGGAACUCCCAGAGCCGGCGCCGCUGUAAAGAGCCCCUGCGCUACAGCUACAACCCCGACCAGUUCCACAACGUGGACAUCAGGAACGGCCCCCACGGGACCGUCACCCUCCCCCGCUCCACCAGCGACACCGACCUGGUCACGUCCGACAGUCGGUCCACCCUCAUGGUCAGCAGUUCCUACUACUCCAUUGGACACUCGCAGGACCUGGUGAUCUAUUGGGAUAUCAAAGAGGAAGUGGGAGCCGGGGACUGGAUUGGCAUGUAUCUCAUCGAUGAGGUCUUAUCUGAAAAUUUUCUGGACUACAAAAACCGUGGAGUGAAUGGUUCUCACCGGGGCCAGAUUAUCUGGAAGAUUGAUGCAAGUUCUUACUUCGUGGAAUCUGAAACUAAGAUCUGCUUCAAAUACUAUCAUGGAGUGAGUGGAGCACUGCGAGCCACUACCCCCAGUGUUACAGUGAAAAACUCUUCAGCUCCUGUUUUUAAGAGCAUCACCAAUGACGAGGCGGCCCAGGGUCAAGGCAGUCGGAGGCUGAUCAGUUUUUCUCUCUCAGAUUUCCAGGCCAUGGGUCUGAAGAAAGGAAUGUUCUUUAACCCAGAUCCAUAUCUGAAGAUUUCCAUCCAACCUGGGAAACACAGCAUCUUCCCAGCCCUUCCGCACCAUGGACAGGAGAAGAGGUCGAAGAUUACCUGUAACACCGUGAACCCUGUUUGGCAAGCCGAGCAGUUUAGUUUUGUUUCCCUGCCCACCGACGUCCUGGAAAUCGAGGUGAAAGACAAGUUUGCCAAGAGUCGUCCAAUCAUCAAACGCUUCUUAGGAAAGCUGUCCAUGCCUGUUCAGCGGCUCCUGGAGAGACACGCUAUAGGGGACAGGGUGGUGAGCUACACUCUUGGUCGGAGGCUUCCAACGGAUCACGUCAGCGGCCAGCUCCAGUUCCGGUUCGAGAUCACCUCCUCCAUCCACCCAGAUGACGAGGAGGUCUCUCUGAGCGCGGAUCCCGAGUCUGCCGAAAACCAGGAGAGCCCCGCCAACAACCCAGCAGAGGAAGGCCUCGCAGAGCUGCCAAGCCAGGGGACGGAGGGCCCAGAGGGCCCAGAGCUGGAGCCACAGGAUGGUGGUGGUCCCACGAGUGGCUAUGGGGAAGACAGCCCCGAGGCUGUCAGUCCAGCCGGGGAAAAGUUGAACGAGGAGGAGGCCGCAGAGGGUGCCGAAGCCACCGAGGAGCCAGUUGAUGCUGUUGAGCCCACAGAACCGAGCCCGGCCGAAGAUUUGCCUUGCCUCACUGCUGAAGAGAUCGCCGAGGGGCUGGAUCUGCUCCCCGGCACUCCCCCACCACCGCUUCCAGAAGACGAGGGCUGGAAGGACGAGGAGAACCGUGCUGGGGAGGCCGAUGGAGAUCCCCUUGCCGGCCUGGAGGAGCCAGUGGGAGCUGAGGCAGAGGUGGAGAAAGAGGUUGACGUGAGCAAGGUUCUAGACAAAGACCAGGAUGAGGAGGAAGAAGAAUCGGCCUCCCCGCAAGAGGAUGGGCCCCUGGCACUGAGAGCCUCGGCCAGGAAGAAAAGCAGGCCAUGCUCCCUGCCCGUGUCCGAGUUGGAGACGGUGAUUGCGUCGGCCUGCGGCGAACCAGAAACACCCCGCACCCACUACAUCCGCAUCCACAACCUGCUGCACAGCAUGCCCUCGGCCCAGGGAGGUGGUGACGGCGGAGAAGCCCAGGGACCGGAGGAGGAGGACGAGGACGAGGAGGGGCCGGGGGAGGAAGAGUCAACGGUCAAGGAGUCCUCCGAAAAGGACGUGGUGAGCGAGGCCGAGACCGUGGCAGCAGAUGCCCCUCACCCAGAAGACGGCGGAGAGAGCGGGGACCCCGAGGUAUCCAGCCAGGGGCCGGUGCCCACCAGUGCCUCGGCCGAGCACUUGGCCAGUGUGAACGGUGGCCCGCUUCUCGACGGCGAGCCCCGUCCCAGUACGGGGAGCGAGAGCGACUCGAGCCCCCGGCAGGACUGCGAAGGCUGCGACACAUCCUGCUACAGCCCGUCUUGCUACAGCACUUCGUGUUACAGCACUUCGUGUUACAGCACCUCCUGCUACAGCCCGUCCUGCUAUGACAGCAACAACCGCUUCUCCAGCCACACGCGCUUCUCCUCGGUGGACAGUGCCAAGAUCUCGGAAAGCACCGUCUUCUCCUCUCAGGACGAGGAGGAGGAGGAGAACAGCGCGUUCGAGUCGGUGCCGGACUCGGUGCAGAGCCCGGAGCUGGACCGAGAGAUGGUCGACGGCUCCGGCCCAUGGCCGGACGAGCUGGUUCUCCCCAACGGGAAUGUUCCAAGGAUGGCCGAUGGUCCGGAGUCCCCAAUCGCCGGUCCCAGUAAUCGGAGAGAAGGUGAUUGUCCUUUACUACAUAAUUCUCAGCCAGUCAGCCAGCUUCCUUCCUUGAGGCCUGACCAUCACCAUUAUCCAACUAUCGAUGAGCCUCUUCCGCCAAACUGGGAGGCUCGAAUAGACAGUCACGGGAGAGUGUUUUACGUGGACCACGUGAACCGAACGACGACGUGGCAGCGGCCUACUGUGGCCGCCACUCCGGACGGGAUCCGUAGAUCUGGCUCCGUACAACAGAUGGAGCAGCUGAACCGCCGGUACCAGAAUAUCCAGCGGACUAUUGCAACCGAGAGAUCGGAGGAUGAGCCACCGGGUCCGAGUGCAGAGCCUCUCCCUGCUGGAGGAGGAAGUGGAGGAGGAGGAAGUGACUUGGAAGCAGACUCUUCUCAACCAAACCUAGAACUGAGGAGAGAAGGGUCUCUUUCUCCUGUGAACUCCCAAAAAAUCACUUUGCUGCUUCAGUCCCCGGCUGUCAAGUUCAUCACCAACCCUGAGUUCUUCACCGUGCUGCAUGCCAACUAUAGUGCUUAUAGAGUCUUCACCAACAGCACCUGCUUGAAGCAUAUGAUUCUGAAGAUCCGCAGGGAUGCUCGGAAUUUCGAACGCUACCAGCACAACCGGGACCUAGUGAACUUCAUCAACAUGUUCGCCGACACCCAUUUGGAACUGCCUCGCGGUUGGGAAAUCAAAACUGACCAACAGGGCAAGUCUUUCUUCGUUGACCACAACAGUCGAGCCACCACUUUCAUCGACCCCCGGAUCCCGCUUCAGAACGGGCGUCUUCCGAAUCACCUGACUCACCGGCAGCACCUCCAGCGACUCCGGAGCUACAGCGCUGGCGAGGCCUCAGAAGUCUCUCGGAACCGCGGAGCUUCUCUGUUGGCCAGGCCGGGUCACAGCCUGGUAGCUGCCAUCAGAAACCAACAUCACCAUGAGACGUUACCUCUGGCUUAUAAUGACAAGAUCGUGGCGUUUCUCCGCCAGCCGAACAUUUUUGAGAUGCUGCAGGAGCGCCAGCCCAGCUUGGCCAGAAACCACGCACUCAGGGAGAAAAUCCAUUACAUUCGGACAGAGGGUACUCAAGGGCUUGAAAAAUUGUCCUGUGAUGCAGAUUUAGUAAUACUGCUGAGCCUCUUUGAAGAAGAGAUUAUGUCCUACAUACCCCUUCAGGCCGCUUUCCACCCAGGAUACAGCUUCUCUCCUCGCUGUUCACCUUGCUCCUCCCCGCAAAACUCUCCAGGCCUGCAGCGAGCCAGUAUCAGGGCCCCCUCACCCUACAGGAGAGACUUUGAGGCCAAGCUCCGAAAUUUCUACCGAAAACUUGAAGCCAAAGGAUUUGGUCAAGGUCCGGGUAAAAUCAAGCUCAUCAUAAGACGUGACCACUUGCUGGAGGGAACCUUCAAUCAGGUGAUGGCUUAUUCCCGCAAAGAGCUCCAGCGGAACAAGCUCUACGUCACAUUUGUUGGAGAGGAGGGCCUAGACUACAGUGGGCCCUCCCGGGAGUUCUUUUUCCUUUUGUCCCAGGAGCUCUUCAACCCUUACUACGGCCUGUUUGAGUAUUCUGCCAAUGACACUUACACCGUGCAGAUCAGCCCCAUGUCGGCGUUUGUGGAAAAUCAUCUCGAGUGGUUCAGAUUUAGUGGUCGCAUCCUGGGACUUGCUCUGAUCCACCAGUACCUCCUGGACGCUUUCUUCACGAGGCCGUUCUACAAGGCCCUGCUGAGACUGCCCUGUGAUCUGAGCGACCUAGAGUAUCUGGAUGAAGAAUUCCACCAAAGCCUACAGUGGAUGAAGGACAAUAACAUCACGGAUAUCUUAGAUCUCACUUUCACAGUGAAUGAAGAAGUGUUUGGACAGGUAACAGAAAGAGAGCUGAAAUCUGGGGGAGCCAACACCCAGGUGACGGAAAAAAAUAAAAAGGAGUAUAUUGAGAGGAUGGUGAAGUGGAGAGUGGAGCGGGGCGUGGUGCAGCAGACGGAAGCGUUAGUCCGAGGCUUCUAUGAAGUCGUGGAUUCAAGGCUCGUCUCCGUCUUCGAUGCCAGGGAGCUGGAGCUGGUGAUCGCCGGCACUGCCGAAAUAGACCUCAAUGACUGGCGGAAUAACACUGAGUAUCGAGGAGGUUACCAUGAUGGUCAUAUUGUGAUCCGGUGGUUCUGGGCAGCUGUGGAGAGGUUCAACAACGAGCAGAGACUGAGGUUGCUUCAGUUCGUCACGGGAACAUCGAGCGUGCCCUAUGAAGGUUUUGCCGCACUCCGAGGAAGCAAUGGGCUGAGGCGCUUCUGUAUAGAGAAAUGGGGGAAAAUAACAUCCCUUCCCAGGGCACAUACGUGUUUCAACCGCUUGGAUCUGCCACCUUACCCAUCGUAUUCCAUGCUGUACGAAAAGCUGCUGACAGCAGUUGAGGAAACGAGCACCUUUGGUCUGGAAUGAGGAACUUAAGCCCCUUUGGGUAUUUUCCUGGCUGAUGAUAUUUUGCUCUCUGCACCACCUCCCCCUCUCAACUGUCCUCUGAUUUUUGUUUCCCAUGAGUUUUAUUUUCCAACCAAAUCGGGACUGACAAAGCUGUGCAUGAAGAACUGCCUUCCUCCAAAUCUAACCUCCGGGCUUUCCUCCUCCAUCCUCCAAGGACUGCUAGCCUGUAUGCAAUAUUGAAAACGACCGUUUCAAGGUCUCUCUGUAUAUCCGCAUACCUCCAUUAUUAACGAUGAAAUGUGAAUGCAAGUUAUGCUACACCUGACCAAACGUUAAUGAAUGUUUACUUCCACCUGAACCAAGUAAAGGUCCGACUAACAUCAAGCAUUCCAAGCUUUUAUACGUCCACGUCUUCUGAGCAGAGCCACAUUCUCCCAUCAUUUCUAACAACCGACCCCAGGACUGAGAGUUGGCAAACAGUUCCUUUCUCCCACUCUCUUUCUCCCUGGGUGUCUUGCUCACCCGAGGUGCGUGCGUUGGUGAAACUGAAAUUUUUAUACAUCAGACUCAUGACCCUCUGUGCAUCAACCUCGUCGCUGGAUUGGGCGCGGACACGUGGUGCCAAAGUCAUUUUCAAACCGAUGACAACAGAACACGCCUGUCGACGCAGUGCAAAGCAACCCAGAUGGCUGUGACCUGCUGGUACUGAAAAGAACUCACACUUCGGAGUUAUUGAGGGAACCCAGGAGGGAGAGGAAGGAGACGGGAGCAGAGAGGGAUAGCUCUAUUUUCAUGUGAUCCUGCAACAAGCACAAACUUGUGCCCCUCCCCUGAAAGAUGUCUCUCAUUGUAGCAUAAAAGAUAAAGCUCCCAUCCCCUGACCUGAUAUUGUGGAGUAUGUAACGAGGAAGAAUGUCUUAUUCUCAUUUUAA